UUCGCUCAAACCCUAACUGUUCUCUCUUUUCACCGUAUUUCCUCUGCAACUCCAUCUCCAUCCGUUUCCCCUUGUAUCUCCAGUCCCUCUUUCCUUCUUUUCAGCAGUCAUGGGUUCCGGAAAGAUUAAGGUUGGAAUCAAUGGCUUUGGACAGUUUUCGCGAUUGCUUGCGAGGGCCGCACCUCAUAGGAACAAUGCUGAACUUGUCGCUACUAAUGAGUCCGUCGUUGCUACUGAUUACGUGGCUUCUCCAGUUUUGUCUUCCCUUGUUCAGAAGAGGGGUCAAGAUGGAGCUGGAUCUGCUGGUGUCAAGUCCCUAAGAGCUAUUGCACUCCUUGGAGCUGGAGUUUCUGGGCUUUUGAGUUUUGCAACAGUAGCAUCUGCUGAUGAGGCUGAGCAUGGCUUAGACUGUCCAAGUUACCCUUGGCCUCACAAAGGCAUUCUCAGUUCAUAUGAUCAUGCAUCGAUUCGCCGUGGCCACCAGGUUUACCAACAAGUUUGUGCAUCUUGCCAUUCAAUGUCUCUAAUUUCUUAUCGUGAUCUUGUUGGAGUGGCAUAUACUGAAGAGGAGACAAAGGCUAUGGCUGCAGAAAUUGAGGUAGUUGAUGGGCCUAAUGAUGAGGGUGAAAUGUUCACUCGCCCUGGUAAACUAAGUGAUCGCUUUCCUCAGCCAUAUGCAAAUGAACAAGCUGCAAGGUUUGCAAAUGGAGGGGCAUAUCCUCCAGAUCUGAGCCUCAUAACCAAGGCUCGCCACAAUGGUCAGAACUAUGUUUUUGCUCUUCUAACUGGUUAUCGUGAUCCUCCUGCUGGUGUUUCGAUCCGAGAAGGGCUUCACUACAACCCUUAUUUUCCUGGUGGAGCAAUAGCUAUGCCUAAAAUGCUCAUUGAUGGUGCUGUUGAGUAUGAAGAUGGUACCCCUGCAACAGAAUCUCAGAUGGGAAAAGACGUAGUAACAUUUCUGUCAUGGGCAGCAGAACCAGAAAUGGAAGAGAGGAAACUGAUGGGAUUCAAAUGGAUAUUCGUUCUGUCACUUGCACUUCUUCAAGCUGCUUAUUACCGGCGCUUGAGGUGGUCUGUCUUGAAGUCCCGGAAGUUGGUCCUUGACGUUGUUAAUUAAUCUGUCUUCUUUCUCAUAUUUGUCUGGAGCAUUUCAACUGUAAAUGAUGGAUGACCAUAAUCAGGUUUUUCUGUAUCCAUCUGGCACAUACACCAAGGUGUAAAUAAUGAGUCCUCCAUUUCAACUUUUAUUUUUUGCUAUGAUAUGCAAUUUCAACUAUUUAUGUAGGGAGAGGAGGUUUACUUGUAUACGUGGUACGUACACCAUUUUUUGGUUGAAUUGUUGGAAUAAAUUCAGAUUAAUGUUUACGUAGGGUGGAUGCCCGGCUCCAUCUACCUUGUGCAGUUGAGAGAAUUGAUAAGCAAAACAAAUUUUGGUGAUGUUUUUCUUAUA